CAGACAGUGACUAUAUAAAAGCCGCUGUCACGUCGACACUGCACAUUUGCACUUCUAUGAUUGCGCGAAGAAAUAAACUCCAACAGCAGAGCGCAUUUGGGAAAAUCUAAGGAGCGAUGACACAGAACAAAAAUAAUAGAACUUUUGCGUACGCCGCCGCUGUGCCAAAUGGAUGCGCACAGAGCCACAAAGAGCUGGAGGGACGGGGGCACUGGGGAUCCAAGGCUGAGUACAUCUUGACUGUCAUGGGCGCGAUCAUCGGACCUGGGAACGUGUGGAGGUUUCCCUACCUGUGCUACAGAAACGGCGGAGGUGUGUUCUUCAUCCCGUACGUCUUGUUUAUGUUUACAUGCGGAAUCCCCCUCUUCUUCCUUGAGACAGCAUUAGGACAGUACACCAACCAGGGGGGGAUCACGUGCUGGAAAAAGAUUUGUCCACUUUUUCAGGGCAUGGGUUUUGCAAGUCACUUAAUCAUCGCCAUCAGCGCAACCUCCUACAUCAUCAUCAUUGCGUGGGCGUUCUUCUACCUGUUCUUAUCAUUCAGCCAGGAUUUGCCCUGGGCCUCAUGCGGACACUACUGGAACACAGACUCGUGCUUGGACUUCAGCAACCCAAACCUGAGCCUCAGCAUGAUGGCCAAAGAGAACGGCACUCUUCCUGUUGUGGAGUUCUGGCAGCGGCGAGUUUUGAAAAUCUCCAAUGGAAUCGAGGAGGUGGGCAGCUUGAGGUGGGAACUGGUCUUGUGCCUCAUCCUGACAUGGGUCAUCUGCUACUUCUGCGUUUGGAAGGGCAUCAAGUCCACAGGAAAGGCAGCCUACUUCACAGCCACCUUCCCCUUCGUCAUGCUGUUAGUAUUGCUGGUCCGCGGGGUUACGCUACCUGGGGCAAUGCAUGGAAUCAUUUACUACCUCUACCCUGACAUCUCACGCCUUUCAGAUCCCCAGGUGUGGAUGGAUGCUGGUACUCAGAUCCUCUUUUCUUACGCCAUCGGCCUUGGGUUCCUGACCUCUCUCGGGAGUUACAACACUUACAACAAUGACUGUUACAGGGACUGUCUGUACUUGUGUCUGCUGAACAGCGUCACCAGCAUCGUGGCAGGCUUCGCCGUCUUCUCUAUUUUGGGUUUUAUGACAUAUGAACAAGGAGUGGAUAUUUCAGAGGUGGCAGAAUCCGGCCCAGGGCUAGCUUUCAUUGUCUUCCCACGUGCACUCGCCAUGAUGCCCAUGCCUCAGGUGUGGUCAGUGUGUUUCUUCCUCAUGAUUAUUCUGCUUGGACUGGACAGUCAGUUUGUUGGGAUGGAGUGUUUGAUGACAUCACUGGUUGAUCUGUUCCCAGCUCACCUGCGCAAGGGCUGUAGGCGUGAGCUGCUCCUGCUGGCCAUCUGCAUCUCCUGCUGUCUGCUGGGACUCUUACUGGUAACAGAGGGAGGGAUGUACCUGCUCCAGCUGUUGGAUCAUCAUGUCUGCAGUGGCACCACGCUCAUCCUCCUCUCUUUUUUUCAGUCUGUCAGCAUUGGCUGGGUCUAUGGUUCUGAUCGUUUCUAUGAAAACAUCACAGACAUGAUUGGUUAUCGUCCAUACCCGUUAAUGAAAUACUGCUGGUGCUUCAUUACUCCCCUCACCUGUAUGGGCACCUUCAUCUUCUCCAUUGUCAAAUACUCCCCGCUGAAGUUCAGUAACACGUAUGUUUAUCCACUCUGGGCCAACAUCUUGGGCUGGUUCAUUGCCAGCGUCUCCCUCUCCCUCAUCCCGCUGUUUGUGUUGGUGAAAGUGUUGCAGGGAAAAGGCACUCUACGACAGCGGUUGGUCUUCCUCUGCCAGCCUGUGGAUGACCUCCCCUGGAAUCAAAAACAUCCUCCUGCACUGGGAACCAACGGCACCGCUGCCUACACAGCAGAGCUCAAAUCUUUUUCCGACACAGAGGAAGUCACUAAAUGAGAUCACAGACAAGUUGUCUAGCUGAGUGCUGCUCUACUUUUUCCUCCGUCUUUGGGCCAAACUGCACCAAUGAACGUCUUCCAGAGUUCAAAUUGAAAACGUACAUGUAAAUACUGAACAUUUGAGACAUUAUGUCACCACAAUCAGCAUUAUUGUUCUUCGCUGGUAUUUGACGGAUCACGAAUGUAGACUUUAUCGCCACCUACUGGUCCAGAAUGCUUGGUUGAGCUUUUGUGUGAGUUUUUUGUGUUCUUGUCUGGACAAAGAUAUUUGGAGUGUAGACAAGGACUUUGAAGUUGUGAGAAUCAGCAAUAAUUUCUCGAAUGUCAGUAAUGGUUUCAACUCAGAAACAACAGACAGGCAGACAGACACUCUCUCACUAGUGUCUUACAAUUGAUAACGUGCUUUUUUUGUUAAUACUGAAAAGGUGCUACACAGAGUCAAAGCACGAUAACUCAAUGUGGACUUAGUUGAUUACUUCCCAUUCAAUGACAACUUCUUUCAAGAUUCAACAUCUUUUUUCUCAUUUCAAAUCAACCAAAUCUCAGUAUUUACAACCCAUUUUAGAUUUUUUUUUACUUUAAUGUUGUAAAACACAAAUAACUGUAAACUACAUUA